AUGAAGAUUCUGGUUACUGGGACACCCGGCGUUGGAAAGACAACGUUUUCGUCGUGCAUAUCAGAGAGAUUCAAGAUUCCGCACAUCGAGAUGAGCAAGUACAUAGAAGAAAACAACCUGUAUGAGGAGUACAGCGAAGUAUACAAGUCACUUCUGUUCGAUGACGAGGUUGUGAGAGAGUCUCUAGAAAAAAAUGUUUUUGGGAAGGAGGCGUAUGUCAUCGACACCCAUAGCUGUACAGUGGUGGAGAAAACGACCUUUGACCUGAUAUUUUUGCUGACUGCACCUGUUGAGGUUCUCUACAGAAGGCUCAAGGAGAGGGGAUACGACGAGGGCAAGAUCAAGGAGAAUGUGGAGUGUGAGAUAUUUGGGGUUGUAAGGGAGGAACUGGAGGACAUCUUUGGAGAAGGAUACUACACUGUUGGAGAAGAGGAAGGAGGAAUCACACUUGAAGAGGCGAUGAAGAUUAUUGGAGAGAAGAUAAACGAAAGAUCUAAAUAA